UCCUAUCGAUGGUAGAUAUGUUAUUUGUAUUUUGAUUAUCAAAUUAUUAUUUGCGCAAGCCAAUGUUAUUUCAUGUAUAAAAUUACAAAGAAAUACGUGAUAAUGUAUAAUGCGUAAUUUAUAACCCAAACAUUGUGAUUCAAUAACGGAUAUACUUAGUUUAAUGCUUUUGUUUACAUGAUAAUGCAGUAAAGAUGUCUGGAGGCAACUCUUCCAAGAACAAGUCCCGCUCAAAACGGCAGGAGGGGUGGGAGGAGGCAGGGGGGGAGUUCUACCAGGAACUGUACCCCGGGGCUGAGCAGGAGCUGUUCGAGAACCUGCAGAGAGCUGAUGCUGCUAAACUGGCGACCCUGCUGCCUUCCAAGCGGGCGAGGAGCUCAACAACAGUGAAAAGGGUACGGUCUCAGAACGAGAGGCGGCAGUCCACUUAUGCGCGGACCACGCAAAGCAGGGAUAUACACUUGUCUAUGUUGCCGGAUUUGUCUGAAAAUCUAUCCAAUGAAGAACGAACUUGGGAAGAGAUCAUGCAAAUUAAGGCGAUGCCCGUGCCAAUGGGGCAGAAGAGGGAACUUAAGGCGAGGUUACAGAACGCUACGAAACUACGACUACAAGGCUUCGAACAAAUCCAUUGGCGACAACGAAAAUUCUGGCAUCGUUUUCGAAGUCGGUUCGGCGAAAUAAUCGGUAAACUAGAAUUAUGGCAAUCCCCGAUGCGCGAAAUAGAAGGUAACUUCGGAACGGGCGUGGUAUCUUAUUUCCUAUUCCUAAGAUGGCUACUAUUUUUAAACGUAGCGAUUUCACUAAUGGUAACACUCUUCUUAAUACUACCAAAGGUGUUGCUAGUCGAAAACUACUAUGACUGCGACGAUUUUCUACCAAAUUCUACCAUAUGCUGUUCGCAGGCGUAUUUGGAAAGAAAUUUGACGGAUACUAAUGUUAUAUUAGAUGUAAUUCAAGGUACUGGUCAAAUGGAGAAGACUAUAUUGUUUUACGGUGUAUAUUCUGACCAAAUAUAUACGUAUUUUGUAAGUAGUUUGUGGGAUGCCGAGUUGUAUUAUGACAUGCCUUUGGCGUACAUAUUAGUGCCAAUAUUUUGGGCGUUAUUUUCUUUAGUAGCUAUCGUCAGAACGGGCGCUAAAGGUUUCAAAGAGAAGCUGGUGGAAAGCGAAGGUCAAUUUUACGUUUAUUGCAAUUUAGUUUUCGGUGGCUGGGAUUUUUGCAUACACAAUGAAAAGUCGGCAAAAAUUAAACACAAAGCUUUAUUCAAUGAAAUCAAAGGUUACUUAGAAGAGGAAAGGUUUAAAGAAGAGAAACAGAUGCGCACAAGGGAAAGUCAAAUUCUACUGCAUUUGAAAAGAUUUUUUGUAAAUUUGGUAGUUUUAGUGAUUCUGAUAUUGGCAGGCGCGUUGAUAUUCGUUACUUUUAAUUAUUCUAUGCACAAAUUGAAUCCGAAUGCGACGCUUUCGUUCACGGAUGUCAAAGAAAGUAAUAGAACAGCGUCAAGGCUUACUUUUAGCCGCUUAAAUUUGGAAAGAAGCGAGCUUACUACAACAGGCGAGACGAUUUUGGAACAAUUAGAGAACACAUUGCUCGAAUUCCUACCAUUCCUUUGCAUAGUAGUUCUAAACGUUAUUGUGCCGGAAAUAUUCGGUUAUUUGAUAAAAUUUGAGAAUUACAAUCCGGCUCAUGUGUUAGUUAUAACAUUGUUGAGAACAGUGUUACUGAGGCUGUCGUCUUUAGCUGUUUUAUUAAGUCAAAUGUAUUUGUAUGUGACCACUAACGGAGUUAGAUGUACUCUGAAUAAUGACGACCCCAACACGCCCGAUUGUUGGGAAACUUAUGUGGGUCAGCAGUUUUACAAGUUGAUCAUAACAGAUUUUGCUGUGCAAAUGAUAUUCACAUUUAUUAUCAACAUGCCUAGAGCGUUCUUAGCUAGACAUAGCGCUAACAAAUGCCUCAAAAUCAUCGGUGAACAAGACUUUUAUUUGCCUAAACAUGUAUUGGACAUUGUUUACAUCCAAACCUUGAUAUGGAUGGGCUCAUUCUUCUGUCCGUUCCUACCGAUCAUCGGAUCGAUAUUUUACUUUACAAUUUUCUACAUUAAAAAGUUUACGUGUCUAGUCAACUGCACGCCAUCGCCUAUAGUAGUUUACAAAGCGUCUAAGAGCAAAUCUUUAUUCAUGUCAGUUCUAUUAUUAGGUUUUGUUAUAUCUAUAGCGCCGAUAGCGUAUUCUGUGGCUGAAAUUCUACCAUCAAUCAAUUGUGGUCCUUACAGGAGAUAUUCUUCAGUUUGGGCGUACGUCAUACAGACAUUCGACGGAUUUCCUUUUGUUAUUAGAGAAAUCGUUUUUCAAUUAGGCACGUCUACAUUUGCGAUACCAGUGUGUGCGGUUUUGUUGUUCUUUCUAUAUUAUUAUUGGGCUGUCGCCACAGCUAACAGACACAUGGUGGGUGUUUUGAAGAAUCAAUUAGUUUUGGAGGGGCACGAUAAACAGUUUCUUUUGAAUAGGCUCAGUGCGUUUAUAAGGCAGCAUCAGAAGAGGUGCGAUAGGAAAAAUAGGGCUAGUUUUGCGGAUGACGAUUCGUCUAUUAGGCAAAGUUCUAGAUAAUCCAAUAAUUUUCAUUAAUGAGGCAUUUUAUAAGAGAAUCGUAGAUUGUCUGGGCUGAAAGUAACAUGACUUUGGUUUAUAAACAAGCGUUUUGUUUCUUAGCAGAAAAUUGUGCAUUAUGUAAAAAAAUCUCUGUCUAAACCGACAAGAGCAUAUAAGUAGCUGAUUGACAAGUGAAAAAAAAAAAUGCAAAAUUAUCGCUUUUUGAAACCGGAAUUUAAAUUUAUUUUCCCAAUAUUUAGUAAAUUCCAAAAAGUUACAACAUACAAUCCGCGUAUGAAUCAGCAAGUGUAAGUGUUGCCAUGUAGGUGACCGUCAAAAAUGUAAAUUUUUGUUAAAUAUUGUAUAUUUAUGGUUUUAAACUAAUUUGAAAAAAAAAAACAAAGAUUUACGUCAAAAAGCUAAUUUUAUCGAAAUUAUUGUACGUUAUAAUAUGACGUUUGUGUCACAUGUAAUUUUUUGGUCAAUAUUAAUAAGCGAUUUAUUAGUGUUUUUGUAAAUAAAAUAAACUAAAUUCGUGUUAAUUAUGAUAAAUGUAUAAAUAUGAUAAAUAUCCCGGCCACUUUAUGUAAUAUAUAUAUGAAAUAUCUCAUUAAAAUAAUAUCUAAUAUGUCAAAGCACAUGUAUGGUAAAUACGAUAAGGAAAAGUUAUUUGUAAGAUCAACACUUUGAGUUACACAAGUAAUUCUACUUGCCAAUAGAAUAAUUAAACAUUUUUUUUUAUUAGUGUAAUUAUACCAACAAAACAAAGGAUUUUUCUAUAGUUAAAAUUUGUCACUUUAGUCAAAAUUUACUAAUUAAUUUUGCUUUAUUUUUAAAUCUUUAUUUAUUUUAACAAAAUUUUACGUAGUAAAUUUUAUGUAUAUUGAAUGAAUUAUAAGUGUGAAAAAAGGGAUUUUCCCCAAUUCCAAUUGAGGAAAAAUCUCUUUAUUUUCUUAACACAGUGCCACUUAUAAUAUUUAACGUAUUUUUGUAUGUGUAUGUUUUGUUUAUUCAAUUCAAUUAUU